UUAAAGUUGCUGUAGUGUGUUCCAUAAUAAUUUUUAAGAAUUUUUUGAAAAAAUGCCGCGUAUAAUGAUUAAAGGAGGAGUGUGGAGGAAUACAGAAGAUGAGAUAUUGAAAGCAGCUGUAAUGAAAUAUGGCAAAAAUCAAUGGUCACGUAUUGCUUCUCUUCUUCACAGAAAAUCUGCCAAGCAGUGCAAAGCAAGGUGGUAUGAGUGGCUUGAUCCAAGUAUAAAAAAAACUGAGUGGUCCAGAGAAGAAGAUGAGAAACUACUUCAUUUAGCUAAGUUAAUGCCGACACAAUGGAGAACAGUUGCUCCAAUAAUAGGACGAACAGCUGCGCAAUGCUUGGAAAGAUAUGAAUUUUUAUUAGACCAAGCUCAGAAAAAAGAUGGUGAUGAGGUUUGUGAUGAUCCCAGAAAAUUAAAGCAAGGAGAAAUAGAUCCUAAUCCGGAAACGAAGCCUGCUAGACCGGAUCCUAAAGAUAUGGAUGAAGAUGAACUAGAGAUGUUGUCGGAAGCCAGAGCUCGAUUAGCUAACACCCAAGGAAAAAAAGCCAAAAGAAAAGCCAGAGAGAAACAAUUAGAAGAAGCAAGAAGACUAGCUGCAUUACAGAAACGUAGAGAACUAAGAGCAGCUGGCAUUGGAUGUAGUAAUCGUAAAAGGUUAAAAGGUAUAGACUAUAACGCAGAAAUUCCCUUUCGAAAAGAAGCUGCUUUGGGUUUUUAUGACACAACUGAAGAAAACAUGGAAACUGUGACACAUGAUUUCAAAAAAAUUCGUCAACAAGAUUUAGAUGGCGAACUACGAAUUGAAAAAGAAGAACAAGAGAGGAAAAAAGACAAAUUAAAAUUGAAAAGGGCUGAGAGCGUACAUAUUUCUGCGUUACGUCUGAAUACUGAUACUGAUAACAAGAAAAGAUCAAAAUUAGUUUUACCAGAACCGCAAGUUUCAGACAAGGAAAUGCAACAAGUUGUAAAGUUAGGUAGAUCAACCGAAAUUGCUCAAGAAAUUGUUUCAGAAACUGGAAUUGAAACCACAGAUAUAUUUUUAACAGGCUAUAAUUUAAAUUCUCAAGUGGAUUCUUCUAAAACUGAAAAUGCCACAAAAGAAAGAAAUGGUGAUACUUCAUCCAAUUUGAAAACACCAUCCCAACAUCUUAAAACAAACGGAACAUCUUCAUAUCGCUCCGUUUCCAAGCAACACGAAUUUGCAACUCCAAACACUCUCUCAACUGAGCCCAAAACUCCUAUUAAACCGACGAUGCGGGAUAAUUUAAAUAUAAACGUAGACCGUAAUACUAAUGACUUACAAGAUGGUGUAAUUUUUAAGAAUUCAAAGAAACGUUCUCAAUUAUUAAAAGAAAAAUUAAGCGGCCUUCCUUUACCAAAAAAUGAUUAUGAAAUCGUUGUUCCUGAUCAAGUCAUCGAGGCAGGAAAUGAAUCAGAAGAGCAAGUGCAACCCCAAGAUCAACAUGAAGUAGACAUUUCCUCGAAAGCGGUUGCAAAAAACACAAAUAUUACAGAUACAUCAAAAGUGUUACAAACGGCAAACUAUGCAUACAAUUUUCCAGUGGAAAUAAAUACAAAAAUUUUAAGGCCACCUAAUGAAAAACACAACUUAAAUAACCUGCAAAAAGCCGAAGAAGAGAUAAAAUAUGAGAUGAUAAAGAUUCUCUUGCAUGAUUAUAUUCAAAAUUCAAACCCACGAAUAACGGAACAACUAGAAAAAAUUUUUGAUGUAAAGCUUUAUGAAAAUUUCAGUCAAGCAGAAUUGGAAGCUUCAAAUAAUACAUUGUGCGAAGAAAUGUUAUUUGUAAAGCAGGGAAUGUCUCAUGGAGAUUUGUCGACUGAAAGUUAUUCUCAAGUUUGGAAGGAAUGUUUGAGCCAAGUCUUAUACCUUCCAAGCCAAAAUCGGUAUACACGCGCAAAUUUAGCUAGCAAGAAAGAUCGUUUAGAGUCUGCUGAAAGACGUUUGGAAGUUAAUCGAAAGCAUAUGUCAACCGAAGCUAAACGUUGCAGUAAACUCGAGAAGAAAAUUAAAAUUCUAAUAGGAGGAUAUCAAGCUAGAGCUUUGGCCCUUGCAAAAAACUUACAAGUUAUACAUGAGCAAACAGAACAAAACUUUUUGGCUAGAUCUACUUUUGAGUUUUUGGAAAAACAAGAAAGUGAAGCAAUGCCCAAACGCGUUGAAUCAUUAAAAGAGGACGUUCAAAGACAAUUAGAGAGAGAAAGCGGUCUGCAAAACAUGUUCCACAAUCUUAAAGAAGUUUUGGCUGAUUUAAAAUCCCAACUAAAUAAUGAAUAACCGUAAAUAUAUUAAAAUACAUAUGUAACCCUUUAUUGUAUAGUAACUUAAGAACUUUAAAAUAUAUAAAAUGUUGUUCCAAAAAAAAUAUACAUAUGUAUAUAAAUAUUUUAAUGCAUUCAAACAAAACUUUAUUAGAAU